AUGCUGCUGACAUCGUGUCCUCUAUGGCUGUAUGAUGACAUAACUAAUUGCACCCGGAAUUACGUAUUGAAUGGUAUAUAUCCAGUACUUUUCGGGGGUACGUCGUUUAUAAUACUAACGACCAAAUCUGCGGUUUACUUAUACAAGCACAGAAAGGGAAACCACUCCAACACAGGGGAACUGGAACCUUUACUUGCUGCUACCGACGCCUACGGCUCGACAGAAGGUCCCUCCGCGGAGCCCAUUUCAAUUAAAGAACGUCACUUUGACUUGAGAAGAUUACCUGAUACCAAUGACGAUGGAACCCCCCACGGUAAAUCCGAACUCGUGUAUAAAGACACGGCCGAUAGAAUCAGGGUGUGCUUGGAAUAUAUUAUAGUUAUUCUAAGCUUAGCCUUAGAAUUGUCAACAUUCUUUGUGCACGAUUUGCACCAUGCCUUUAAGCACUACCAAUACGUUCCAGUGAUUAAGCUGCUUCUUUGGGCUUACAUCUUCAUUAUCGUUACAAUUAGAGUGUGUAACUUAAACAAGGUCCAUUUCUACCUACCAUCUCUUUGGACCCACUCAACCACGUUGUACUUCUUCAACUUUUUCCCCACCAUUAUCUCAUUUAGAUCAGCAUUAAUUAACACCGUCAAGGGCGGUGACCAGGUACGUUUGUACUACAUUUUGGAGUUUGCAUUCGCUACACUUCUUGUCUUAUUAAAUUUUUCAAGCAAAACUGGCGACAAGCCAUCGGUAUUGUACAGGACUAGCAAUGGGGUUACUCCAUCACCAGAAAACAUUUCAUCCCUUUUCCAGUUUAUUUCUUAUUCGUGGUUAGAUCCAAUGGUCUGGAAGGCUAAAAAGCAACCAUUGACCAUGAAGGACAUUUGGGGCCUCAGAGAAGAUGACUAUGCCUUGGCCAUAUUGAAAAGUUUUGAAACUAGUAAGAAGGCUGUCAGUUUCACCUGGAAAUUGUUCUCCCAUUUCAAGUGGUUGUUGGCUGUCCAAAUGUUUUGGGCUACUUUAGAAGCCUUCUUAAUUUUCGUACCAUCUAUUUUACUUAAAAAGAUUUUGGAAUAUGUCGAAUCACCUGAAACUCAAUCUGCUAAUUUGGCUUGGUGCUUUAUUAUCGCUAUGCCAGCAUUCAAGAUGUUGGAUAGUUUAUCCGCUGGUUGUUCGUUGUUCAUCGGUAGAAGAGUGUGCUUAAGAAUGAAGUCCAUCAUCAUUGGUGAGGUUUAUGCUAAAGCCUUGAGAAGAAAGAUUACUGUAAGUGAAGCUGAAACUUCUGAUGAAAAAGAAGAGCCUGCCACCAAGGGUACCGAAGAUAACGUUGAAACUAAGUCGACCUCUUCCAAAGAAACCAAAAAGACAGCUGAACUAGGUGCCAUUAUCAAUUUGAUGGCUAUCGAUGCAUUCAAAGUUUCAGAAAUUUGUGGUUACCUUCACUUCUUUGUGGGGUCCAUUUUGAUGAUUUUAAUUUGUAUCUAUCUUCUUUAUGGUCUUCUUGGAUGGAGUGCCCUCGUUGGUGCGUUCUCUAUCGUUGUACUCCUCCCACUUAAUUAUAAAGUGGCUUCCUAUAUUGGUACGUUGCAAAAGGAAAUGCUUGAAGUAACUGACAAGCGUAUUCAAAAGUUGAACGAAACUUUCCAGUCUAUUCGUAUUAUAAAGUUUUUCUCUUGGGAAGAUAAAUUUUAUGAUAGUAUCUUAGAAGUUAGAGCAAAGGAGAUUUACGUGUUGAGUUUAAGAACUGCAUGUUGGUGUGCUGGUUCUUUUAUUUGGUUUGUCACCCCUACUUUAAUUACUUUCUUAUCAUUCUACUGUUUCACUAUCGUUGAAGGUAAGACCUUGACUCCACCUAUUGCAUUUACAGCAUUAUCUUUGUUCAGUUUGUUAAGAAGUCCUCUUGAUCAAUUGUCCGAUAUGACUGCAAUCGUUAUCCAGUCCAAAGUUUCUCUUGAUAGAGUUGAUGAUUUUUUGAAUGAAGACGAAUCUACUAAGUAUGAUCAAUUGAGCCACCUGACCCCUAGCAGCCCAGAUAGUCCAUACAUCGGAUUUGAAAAGGCCUCCUUUUCAUGGAAUUCUAAAGCUGAAAAAAAUGAUUUCAAAUUAAGAGACAUUAACAUUGACUUUAAGGCAGGUAAGUUGAAUGUUGUCAUUGGAGCCACAGGUUCUGGUAAGACUUCAUUAUUAUUGGCUCUCUUAGGUGAAAUGGACUUAACUGCUGGUCAAGUCUUCUUACCUGGUAUUAUUCCUAGAGAUGAACUUAUAGUUGACCCUAGAACUGGACUCACUGAAUCUGUCGCCUACUGUUCGCAAGCAGCUUGGUUAUUAAAUGACACCAUUAGGAAUAAUAUUGUUUUUGCUGCCUCUUUCAAUGAAGAACGUUAUCAAAAGGUAGUUACUGCAUGUGGAUUACAAAGAGAUUUUGAAAUCUUGAGUGCUGGAGAUGCAACGGAAAUCGGUGAAAAGGGUAUAACUUUAUCUGGAGGUCAAAAGCAAAGAGUUUCAUUAGCUAGAGCCCUUUACUCUAAUUCGAAACACGUCUUACUUGACGAUUGUUUAUCUGCUGUUGACUCUCAUACUGCCUUGUGGAUUUAUGAAAACUGUAUUUCUGGUCCAUUAAUGCAAGGUAGGACUUGUAUCUUGGUGUCGCAUAAUGUUGCAUUAACAGUCCAGAAUGCCGAAUGGGUAAUCGUGAUGGACAAUGGUAGAGUUAAAAUCCAGGGCACUCCUGAAGAAUUACUAAGCUCAGGAGAUUUAGGUGAUGAUGACUUAGUUAAACUGUCUGUUAUUAAUUCAAGAAAUCAAUCUACUACUAACUUGCAAUCAUUAAAUGAUAAAAAUGCUGAUUUGAAGGCCAAAACUGAAGUAAUUGAAGGUAAGUUGAAGGCCGCAGCUGCAGCCUCAUUGGCUAAUGAAGGAGGUGAACACUUAGUCACUAUCAAUGAUGAAAUUGAAGUCAAACAAGAUGGUAAAUUAGUUGAAGAAGAAGCCAAAUCUGAUGGUGUGGUUGCUUUCAAAGUUUACGCUGAUUACGCAAAAGUGUUUGGUGGAUGGCCAACCUGGUUUGGUAUAAUUGCUACGUUUGCUGUUUGUCAAGCCAUUUACAUGCUGCAAUCAUUCUGGUUGAGAAAGUGGUCAAUGAACAAUGGUGUUGAAAUCAAAAACAUUACUGAGACUCUGAUGAUGGUUAACCAAAUCGGUGCCGUUUACAAUGGUGCCGAGAUUACAUCAAUCGCUCAACCUGUUUUGAGAGUAUUCCAAGGAGGGUAUAAUAUGUUCUUAAGUAUUUUUACAAGAGCUACAAGUGUAUCUGAAUUCAUCUCAGUUAUGGACUCAGAACAAAAAUCUACUAUGUACUAUAUCUCUAUCUAUGGUGCUAUUGGUAUAGUAUAUUCUGUGCUUGCAUGUAUCAGAGUAUUCGUUACUUUCUUUGCUGGUGUUAGAGCAUCAAAUCGUAUCUUUAAGGCUGUUUUAGAUACCGUUUUACGUGCCAAAUUAAGGUUUUUCGAUAAGACCCCUCAAGGACGUAUUAUGAACAGGUUUUCCAAGGAUAUUGAAGCUGUAGAUCAAGAAUUGACUCCAUUUGCUGAAGGUGUAUUUGCGUGCGUUGUUACAUGUGUAUCAACGUUAUUUUUGAUCACCAUUAUCACACCAGGAUUUUUGUUCUUUGCCAUCAUUAUUGCCUUCCUUUACUAUUUAGUCGGUAUCUUUUAUGUUUCAGCUUCAAGAGAAUUAAAAAGAUUUGAGAGUAUCACUAAGUCUCCAAUCCAUCAACAUUUCUCCGAAUCGUUGAACGGAGUUGCUACAAUUAGGGCCUAUGGUGUUGAAUCCAGAUUCAUGAAACAAAACUUGCAAUCUAUUGAUGAUAAUAAUCGUCCUUUUUUCUACCUUUGGGUUGCCAAUAGAUGGUUAUCAUUUAGAGUUGAUGCUGUUGGCUCAUUAGUCAUGUUAUUCGCUGCUAUUUUCGUUAUGAUGUCUAUUGGUAAGAUUGAUGCUGGUUUAGCUGGUUUAUCCUUGCUGUAUGCAAUUGCUUUCUCGGAAAGUGCACUUUGGAUUGUCAGACUUUAUGCCAAUGUUGAGAUGAAUAUGAAUUCUGUUGAAAGAUUGCAAGAGUAUCUUGAUAUUGAACAAGAACCAGCAUAUGAUAUUCCAGAAACUGCUCCUCAAGCCUCUUGGCCAGAAAGAGGAGAAAUAUCUGUGAAGGGUGUAUCUUUACGUUAUGCUCCAGAACUUCCAAGGGUUAUCAAGAAUGUAUCAUUUGAUGUCGAGUCCUGUCACAAGAUUGGAAUUGUCGGUAGAACUGGUGCUGGUAAGUCAACUAUUAUCACAGCGUUCUUUAGAUUUAUUGAUCCUGAAACCGGUAGUAUUACCAUUGAUGGGGUUGAUAUCACCAAGAUUGGGUUAAGGAAUUUAAGACAAGCCAUUACAAUUAUUCCCCAAGACCCUACAUUAUUCACUGGUACAAUCAGAUCCAACUUGGAUCCAUUUGAUCAAUAUUCUGAUAGCCAAAUUUUCGAAGCAUUGAGAAGAGUUAAUUUAAUUGGCUCUGAAGAAAGCAUCUCAUCUGCAGCUGAAGCUGCUGAAGUUGCAAGUAACGGUAGUGGUGAAAAUCAAAACAAGUUCCUCAAUCUUCAAUCUGCAGUAACAGAAGGAGGUGGUAAUCUCUCACAAGGACAAAGACAAUUGAUGUGCUUAGGUAGAUCUUUAUUGAAAUCCCCUAAGGUUAUUCUUUUGGAUGAAGCCACCGCAUCUAUUGACUAUAAGUCAGAUGCUAUGAUUCAACAAACUAUCAGAGAUGAGUUUUCUGGAUCAACCAUUUUGACAAUUGCUCACAGAUUGAGAUCCAUUAUAGAUUACGACAAGAUUUUAGUUAUGGAUGCAGGUACUGUCGUUGAGUACGAAGAUCCUUACAAGUUAAUUGCCAACACAGAUUCAUUAUUCUACAGUAUGUGUGAAAACAGUGGAGAGUUAGAAUCCUUAACCAAGUUAGCCAAGGAAUCAUUUAUUCAAAAGAAGAACAAGCAAAAGAAAUAA